AUGUCGACUGCCGCAAGUUGCUGUACUCGUACCCCCAUCGGGACGGCUCAAAAGGUCCCUGUAGUAAAGAUUGCCAACCUCGAUACCUACGUCGCCGGCAACACAUCCUCCAAAACUGGCAUCGUCGUGAUCUACGACAUCUUUGGCUUCUACCCUCAAACUCUCCAGGGAGCAGACCUGCUUGCCGCACAAACCGGUGCAGUGACAUUUGUUCCGGACGUACUGGAGAAUGAAUAUGCUCUCCAAGCAUGGUUUCCACCUGACAAUGAGGAAAAGAGGAACAACCUUACGACCUUCUUCAAGGAGACUGCUGCACCGCCUGUGGUUUUGCCCAAGGUGAAUGCUUGGAUAGCGGAGGCGAAGKCUAAGUAUCCCAGUGUUGAGAAAUGGGGGAUUUUAGGAUUGUGCUGGGGUGGAAAGAUUGCCAUCCUCAGUUCUACGGAAGGAACCGAAUUUGUCGUCUCCGGCCAAGUUCAUCCCGGAUUGUACGACGGAGCGGACGCAAAAAACGCAGUCAUUCCUCAUGUCGUGCUCGCCUCGAAAGAGGAAUCUACAGACGUAAACGCCGACUACAAAGCAGUCUUCGAUAAGAGCACCCUCGGUUCUUAUAUCGAUGUUUAUCCUACCAUGCACCACGGCUGGAUGGGCGCGCGGUCCAAUCUUGAUGAUCCUGAGAAUAAGAAGGAGUUUGACCGGGGAUACAAGGAGAUUGGUGACUUUUUUGCCAAGUACUUAUUGAAGGUCAACGCAGCGGGUCUAAUUGCCCUUGCUAUUUUGACAGUUGCUAGUCCGUUAGCUGUUCGUGCUGCUCGCCGCAAUGGUGUCUCCCGUUCCCACAAUCGGAUCAUUUCCAAGGACGGUCAGACCAAGCCUAGCUCAGUGAGCUACAACUAUGCUGGCGCUUUCCUUACUUCCUCUGACUUCACUGAAGUCUCUGGCACCUUUAUUGUGCCUACUCCUCACAUCCUGGGCAACGGUGAUGACGGCACCUAA